AUGCAACCUCCAACAUCCUUACCACGGUCUGCAAUGACACCGGGAGUUCUAUUCCUAGAUCUCCCUCCGGAAAUUCAUAUGCAAAUCGCCUCUUUCCUCUCUUACCCAGAUGCGCUCGCUCUAAAACACACCAGCCGCCAUUUCUACAACAUGGUGUAUACAGGCGUGCAUCUCAAAGUGAACUGGCUCGUUGAGCGUUUCGAACGCAAACUUGAAUGUCCGAUGGAGAAAUGCUCAUUACGCACCGAUGAGGUCUUCUGCAAUGAUCGGGUUCGUCGCAUCAUGGAACGCCGCCGGUGGCAUCUUGAGUGCCGGCGUGUACCGGGUGGUUGCUGGGUGAUUGAAGGCCAAACUUGUCGGAGGGAUCUGAUACCAUCUUGGUUUAAGAGAAAUCGGGUACAGGAGCGGAUUGAGCAUGCUGGAGUAUGGGUGCGAGAAGGUUCGUACAUGAGUCUUGCUGCGUUGGAGUUUGAUUGA